GGCAGCUAUAUAGGUGAACAGCUAUUUUAUUAUUUAAACAUUUUGCUUGGUUCAACGUGUCCAGGGUAGAGGCUUUCCGUGACGCAGCAUCUGCUAUGGAACAAGAGAAAGAAAUCCUGCUAGAAAUGAUCCACAACAUACAGAACAGCCAGGAUAUGAGGCAUAUCAGCGAAGGUGAGAGAGAAGAACUUAAUUUGACCGCUAAUCGUCUGAUGGGCCGAACCCUCACUGUGGAGGUUUCCGUAGAAACCAUCCGAAGCCAAAAAACCCUACUGCAUGCCACAAAGAUGAUCGAUGAAAUAGUCAAUAAACUUCUAGACGAUUUGGAAGAUGCCAAAAUCCGCUUAAUGUCGCUUUACGGUGCGUGCACAUCUGACGUGCCAGCGGGACCCAUCGAUCAGAAAUUUCAGUCUGUGGUAAUCGGAUGUGCCAUUGAGGAUCAGAAGAAAAUCAAAAGGCGACUAGAGACUCUGCUCAGAAACUUGGAAAAUUCUGAAAAGUCAAUCACGUUGUUGGAGCAUCAGAAAUCAUCUGUUCGACAGUCUUGUAACAGCAAGGAUUAAACUAUCCUCCUGGCUGCUUCUGGCAAAUCACAGGAUGAGCAGUUCUCCAGAAAAAGCACACAGAAGCUAAGAGAAAAAUUCUCUGUACAACACCACGCGUAUAUACGCAUGCGUAUGCACCGGAGUACCUCUGAUCACAAGGUGCGAGCAUUUAAUGGGUCUUGGUAGCACUGGCAAUUUUCUUUUGGCAAUAAAGAAUGCUAUCAGUUCUCCUGUAGAGUUGGUACCGCUCUAUUGCAAAAUUGUAGUUGUGCUUCUGCCAAACUAUCAGAAACCGUCAAAACCUAGCCUUUCUUCCAUUCUCCCUCCCUUUUUUUGGUUUUUUUUUAACUGAAGUUCUUUUGUAAUAUCAUGAGAUUUCGGCUUUUCUCUGCUAUACCCGUAGUGUGUGAACCAGACCUUUGGGGGCAAAAGAGAAAUUGUGGCAAUAAAUCAAACCCAUUAAUAAA